UGGAAGUGCAAGCAAGUUUAAGUAUGGCGAAAAUGUAAACACUGUGCGCUGAAAUCAAAUGCGAUACUACCAAAGAAACAAAUAUCCAUGAGUCACAGACGCAGUGAAAUCGUAACAUAAUUGUAAAAUAUCCAGUAUGAGGAGCAGAAGUAAUUCAGGAGUUCGACUAGAUUACUACUAUCGUCUUGUUUCAGAGACAAUUCUAGCAUAUCAGAAUCCUAUAUCUGGUUUAUUACAAGCCACAGCAGACCAGAAACAUGCCUGGGUUAGAGAUAAUGUAUAUAGUAUCAUCUCUGUUUGGGGGUUGGCCUUGGCAUAUCGCAAGCAAGCUGACCUGGACGAAGAUAGGGCUAAAGCAUAUGAGCUUGAACAGCAAGUAGUGAAGCUAAUGAGAGGUCUGCUGACUAGUAUGAUGAAGCAAGUCGAGAAGGUGGAAUCAUUCAAACUAACCCAAAGCCCUGGUGAUUCCUUACACGCCAAGUACGACAGUGAGACCGGUGAGACAUGUGUCAAAGAUGGAGAGUGGGGUCAUCUUCAGAUUGAUGCUACAUCCCUCUACCUGCUGCUUUUAUCUCAGAUGACUGUCUCUGGUCUUCAGAUAGUCUUUACAUUAGAUGAAGUAGCAUUUAUCCAGAACCUUGUCUUUUAUAUUGAGGAUGCUUACAUGAUAGCGGACUAUGGCGUUUGGGAGAGAGGUGAUAAGACUAAUCAUGGUCAACCUGAAUUGAACUCAACUUCUAUAGGAAUGGCAAAGGGUGCUAUGGAGGCCAUCAAUGAUUUAGAUUUAUUUGGAGCUAGAGGUGGAAGGAAAUCAGUCAUUCAUGUUCACUCUGAUAAGAUAGCUCAAUGUCAGGCGAUCCUACACUCAAUGCUGCCGAGAGAGUCAAGUUCAAAGGAGAUAGAUGCAGGGUUGCUGAGCGUGAUUGGUUACCCUGCCUUUGCAGUGGACGAUGAGUCUAUUAUUAAUAUUACCAGACAACAGAUUCUUGAUAAGCUCCAAGGAAGGUAUGGAUGCAAAAGAUUCUUGAGAGAUGGACACAAGACAAUAAAGGAGGACCCUAAUAGACUAUAUUAUGAGCCCGCAGAGCUGAAGAUCUUUGAGAACAUUGAAUGUGAAUGGCCUUUGUUCUGGACCUACUUUGUCUUGGAUGGAAUCUUUAGAGGCUGUAAAGAACAGGUGGAUGAAUACAGUGAAGCUCUGGAAGAACUCAUUCAAAGGAACUCUCAUGGUACCAAGGUUAUACCAGAGCUUUUCUAUGUUCCUGCUGACAAGGUUGAGCUAGAGUAUAAGAACCCAAACAGUCAGGACCGUUUGCCCGGUGGUAAGAUGCCUCACCUGUGGGGUCAGUCUCUGUAUAUCUUAGGCUGUCUCCUCAGAGAAGGCUUCAUAGCACCGGGUGAGAUAGACCCUCUCAACAGACGACUCUCUACAGAACCUAAACCGGAUCUGGUCAUCCAAGUGGUAUUAUUAGCAGAAGAUGAAUAUAUUCAAGAGAAGUUAAAAGAACAUGGGAUACAGAUCAAGACGGUAGCAGAGGUUGCUCCUAUCAAAAUACGCCCAGCGAGGGCGAUGUGCAAUAUAACAAGACUUAUGGGUCACAAUGACAAGCUUGGCUUAUCUGGGAAUGUGAAGAAAGAAGUGGGCAUUCUCAGUACCAGUAAACUCUACUCGAUCCAUGAAAAGAUCAUAGCAUUUCUACCACAGUUCAUGGAUCAUCAUCAGUUCUACCUCGCCCUUGACAAUGACCUUCUAGCUAGUAUCUGUAUGAAUGACAUGUCAUAUCUUAGAUAUAACUGGAGAGAGCUUGGUAGACCAACCAUGUGUAUUGAGGUCAGACACAGCAUGAUGGAAGAUGAUGACAUUCAGAGGGCCAUGCUCAAUAUCUUUCACAAGUUUCAUUCAGGAUAUGUGAAUGGUGUUCAGGUUCAGAUGAGGAAUAUAUCAGACAUCAUCAACACGUCAUGUAUUGAGAAGCUUAGCUAUCUAGAAGGAUUCUCUAUGUCAGGUUCUGAACUAGCCCAGUUCUUGGAGCCAUCAAGCUACUCUUCUGUCCCCGAGCCAAGCUUACGAGGCAUCAAACAGCUAUCAACGGACUCCACCACUUACCACCACCAUCAACACCGCAACCAGCUACAACAUCUUCAUAACUUGCAACAAGAACAAUUCCAACUGUCCUCUGAUGAUGAAGAAGGUGGGAUCCAUCUUGUGACGUCUACACCGGUAGAGAUGCGUAGAUCACCGUCGGGUACGAUGCUUGAGAAGGGAACAGGAGAUCAUCGAAGAUCGUCCUUGAAUGUCCAUGGAAUCAUCCAAAGAACUAGAUCUAUCUAUAUUGAAGAAAGUUCAGCGAAUCCAGAUACACGGCCGCUCAUGCACCUAUUGAAUCGCAAAGCCUCCAUUAGUUUUAACAUGCCCUCCAUACGACAUGUGGAGUCCCCUAUGCAUACGCACAUCAGGGAACAGCCAGUGCAGCAAGGGGAUCAUCAUCAUCCUCAUCACCACCAUCAUCAUCACCAUCAAGCUACUCCUCUUCCUCCUCAUCGUAAGCUUACACGUGAAGGCAGUUUGGAGUCUUACAAGACACCAUACACUCCGUCCUUGUUACAUCAAGAUGAUACUGACUCACAUGACACAGUAUUGGAACAGUCUGGUAAGGAAAUUCCUCUCUCCUCGUCUCCUGGUAAAUUUCAUCUCCGUCCUGAUGCUGAUGGGUCGUUUGGUUCUCCUAUGAAGAGGACGCCCUCUUGGUUUGAAUACAAAGAGUUGGAGGAGAUAUAUAAAGGCCAAGAAGCAGCUCAGUUAGUCCAACAGCUCCAGGAGUCAGACUCACUUCAUGAACAAGCCGAUAUCGUUCACUACCUCUAUGAGUCAAAGGGUCUUGAUUGGGAUACUAAGAUCAAUGGUAAACCAGGAGUUACCGUUAAAACAUUGAUGGAGGAACUUUAUUACAAGAGUGCCCAUCAUAAGACAUGGUCAGUGGUUCGUCACACAGCUGGUAUCCUACGUAAGAGAGUAGAGCACCUUGCUAAGUCUGUAACUGAUCUGUUGGUAAGACAGAAGCAGGUGUCUGUAGGAUUACCCCCUGAACCCCGGGAGAAGAUCAUCUAUGCACCCUUACCACCGGAGGAAUUAGAAACAUUCAUCUAUGGAGCUUGUGGAGAGGAUCGUAGCUCAGCCGUUCUCACACAGGAAUUAUUAAUCUACCUCUCUAUGUUCAUCUGUACCGAGCCAAACCUCUUCACUGAGAUGCUGAGAUUGAGGGUGGGGCUUAUCAUUCAGGUCAUGACCUCUGAACUUGCUAGAGCUAUGGAAUGUGAAGUAAAUGAAGCCUAUGAGCAGCUUGUGACAUUAAGUCCUUUUGAAAUUAAAGAUCUCCUUCAUCACAUCCUGAGCAGUAGAGAAUUCAUGGUUAAUACAACAUCUCAUCGUUCAGGUACUAUGGAACGUCAGUUGUCCAUUGUGAGUUCAAGGUCAAUCAAGUUCCAUGGAAUGUCCUACCUCAAGGGUCAGAUAUCCACUAGUUCCUCAGACAAGCCAUUUUCAACUGUUAGUGGAGACUUAAUGGAGGAGCAGCUAACAGAGCGACAAGGUCAGUGGUUGAGAAGACGAAGAUUAGAUGGCGCCCUCAAUAGAGCACCUCCGGACUUCUACUACAAAGUUUGGAAGAUCUUAGAAAAGUGUCAAGGUUUACGAAUCGUGAGUCACUUCUUAUCACAGCAUUUAACCCGUGAGAUGACCCCUCAUGAAUUCAAGUUUGCUCUCAGAGUUGAAGAGGUUCUUAACAGGAUACCUGAGCAGGAGUACCGUCAGCUGAUGGUGGAGUGUUUGAUGGUAAUCUCUCUGGUUGUUGAGAAUGAAUGGAUACAUAACUUAGGUGGAGUAAUAGCAACAGAUAGACUAGUAGCUGAGGCCAAUGAACUCUUCCUACAAGAUCAGGUGACCCAUGAUGGAGAUGCUACACUAUGCUGUGCGACCCCUGAUCGAAGAGGACCUUCUCCCCUUCCAUUAUCAUGUGGUGGUAUAGCUGGUAUCUGUCUUCAUUUCUAUGAUACCGCCCCCAUUGGUCGCUAUGGGACCAUGACAUACCUCGCUCGUGCUAUUGCCAAGCAGCUGAACUUGACGCAGCAUUUUGGUGCGGACGCCAAAGUGGAAUGCAAAGUUAGCUGAUUAUUUUUUUCAAAGAGAGUGAGAUGAGGGAGAAGGAUUUAGGAAAUGAAAGCUGUUAAUUCUUGUUAUUGUUCAUAUAGCUGGGGUUGUAUUAUUAUAAGAAAUAUUAUUUAUUCUUAUUGCUUGUUACUUGCUGCCAUUUUGUACUGUACACAUCUAACUAUAAAGGUGCUAAUAUCAAAUGAGAUACGAUGAAUCAAUCUAUGAUUGAUUUCAUUCUAAUGAAAUAUUGAAGAAUGAAAUACUUGUCUUUUUGUUUAAAUUUUUCAAUAAGGUGUUGGGAAGUGUAUAGACAUAUGAAAUUAUAUCAUCUCAAAUGAUGUUCCAUAAAUUCAGUUGAAUGAAAGGCCCAAAACUUUUCUCAUUCGUAUAGUCUCCGUUACACGUAAAAAAAUACAUUUCUUAAGGAGGAGUUCACCCUGGCAACAUGUUGAUUUUAAUAGAAGCAGAAAAUAUAGAGAAAAUAUUGGUAUAGGUAUGAUAAAAAUCCUACAAAGAAUGAAAGAGUUAUGUGAAUUUUUUAGUUUUUUUAUUUAGUGGCAUCACAGAUAAGCAGCUCCUCUGUCCAUCGUUU